GCAUGCUCUGCAACUUAACAUCAUGUUCUGAAAGGCACCUCAACCAUGUUGCACAUGUCUUCCUCCUCUCCACUAAUAUUAACCAAUAGACAGAUAUACUAUCACAGUAUAUAUACUCUCACUGAGAUUGGUUGUCCCCUUUAUAUUUCAACACAGCAGUUUGCAGUUCCAUCUUGAAUCAAGACAAACACAAUCAGGAGCUAGAGGCUCUGCCCUCUAUCUCCAAUGCCUAUUCGGCUGCAUAUCUUUGUCAAUUCUGCAAGGCAUGCCAUCAACUCAUCGGCAUUCAUUUGUCGGUUCAUCGCAUACCAUCUUAGCCCGCUUUUGAUUCACUUAUCCUAUUUUCUUAUCAUUGAUAUACUUGGUUUUGUUUCCUUGGUGGUGCUCAGGCCAAGCAACCACAAGUACAAUCCUCGCUAUGUUGAUAUGUUUUUCCUAUCGACAUCUGCAGUUACAGUCAUAGGAUUAGCCACCAUACAAAUGGAGGAUCUUUCCAGCUCUCAGAUAGCUAUCCUGACUCUCUUGAUGUUCUUAGACAGUAAGAUGUUCCUUUCCUUUCUUGGCCUUGUCCUUGAGUCAAGCAAGCAAAACAAGCAUGAUCCUGAAAACCGUAGAGUCAGUUCAGUUACUGUGUGCAAGCAAUCACAGCUAGAAGAGGCGACUCCCCAAACUCCAUCCAUGAACUCCAUUGAUAUCAAGAAGAGAUGCCUCAAAUACUUAGUGUUUGUGGUGCUGGCAUACAUGAUCAUUAUUCUUGUCACUGGUUCUCUAUUGGUGUUCAUGUACAUAGCUCAUGUUUCAAGUGCUAGAGAUGUGCUAACAAGGAAAAGCAUCAACAAAGCUCUCUUCUCGAUAUCGGUCACAGUCUCCUCAUUCACAAAUGGAGGGUUAUUGCCGACAAAUGAGAGUAUGGUUGUAUUCUCCUCAAACAAUGGCCUCCUGUUGCUACUCAUUGGCCAGAUUCUUGCAGGCAGCACACUGUUCCCUGUGUUUCUGAGGUUGGUGAUAUGGGCAUUGAGAGGACUAAGAUUAGCAAAAGCUGAAGAGCCUGACUUCAUGAUGAACAACAGCAGCGCAGUAGGUUUCAGUCACCUGCUGCCUAACUUGCAGACAAUAUUUCUUGCAGUUGUGGAGGUUGCUUUUGUAGCCAUGACAGUCAUCCUCUUCUGCUGCUUGAACUGGGAUUCUGUAGUGUUUGCAGGGCUCAGCUCCCUCCAGAAGAUAACCAAUGCAUUGUUCAUGGCAGUGAAUGCAAGGCAGGCAGGAGAAAAUUCCAUUGAUUGUUCCCUUGUUGCGCCAGCGGCUUUAGUACUAUUCAUGGUCAUGAUGUACACUCCAUCCUUGACAAAGUUGUUCUCAGCAUGUCAAGAUCACAAACGAAUCGGCCCAGAAAGCGACGAUAGAACAAGCAAGGGGAAACCAUUCCUGAAGAUGAUGGCAUUUUCACCACUCGGCUUCAACACCACAGUGAUAAUGCUGGUCUGCAUCACUGAAAGGAGAUCACUCUCCACUGACCCUCUCAAUUUAUCCACAUUUAACAUCAUCUUUGAGGUGAUAAGUGCCUACGGGAACAUUGGGUUGUCCACUGGCUACAGCUGCUCGAGGCAGCUGCAGCACCAGGAGGGGAUUGCCUGCCAUGAGAAGGCGUACAACUUCUCGGGGUGGUGGAGUGAACCAGGGAAACUGAUUCUUGUUCUUGCAAUGCUCUGCGGGAGGCUCAACUCAAAGGAUUCCACAAGCGCACGAACUAGGUGAUGAUGAUCAGAAGCGAUCAGUAUGCGAUCGAUGUUCUGCAAGAAUCAAGAAUGCAGUGUACCAUCCCAUCAAAAAAAAAGAAAAGAAAAAUGGAUGCCCUCAACUAUGAUCUGCCCCUAUGUUCAAAUUUCAAUGAUCGGCGACGGCGCACUUACCACUGGCGGCGGCGGCGGCGGAGGGUGAUGCCCUUCGCGGGAGUGCCGCACCGGAGCUCGCCGCCGGCGAACAGACGGCGCCGUUGCAAUUCCUGCAAUUUUUCACAAAUGCAGACAGUGAAAAAAGCCCCUCCUUUUCUUAAAAAUUUAAUGGAUUAAAAAAGAGCACAUUUCUCCCCCUUUAA